AGGAAUCUGCGUCGCCCACUGACCCAAACAGCACUCAAACUCUCGCGUCCCCCUUCUCUUCUCCUUUCUUUCCCGAAUCGAGUUUCGGUUUCCCUUAAUACGCGUUCCUGACAAAGCAGCGCCGCGCAUCGCUCAAAUCUGUUGUCGGGAGACGGGGGGGAAUCGCCGGAGGAGGUUGGGGAGAGAUGGACGCCGCCAGCAACGGGGGCCUGCUGUACCACGAGGUCCAGGAGGGGAAGCUUUGCACCGUGCACUGCGUCAACACCACCCUGCAGGGCCCCUUCUUCUCCGAGUUCGACCUCGCCGCGCUCGCCGCCGACCUCGACCAGCGGGAGCGGCAGGUGAUGCUCCAGGGCGCGCUCGGCGCCGACGCCACGGGGGACUUCCUCGCCGAGGGCGAGGGCUCCCACAACGUCUCCCUCGGCGGCGACUUCAGCAUCCAGGUUUUGCAGAAGGCACUGGAGGUCUGGGACCUCCAAGUUGUUCCUCUGGACUCCCCAGAAGCAAGGUCAUCCCUAUUUGAUCCAGAGCUGGAAAUUGCUUUCAUUUGCCACCUGCAGGACCACUGGUUCUGCAUUAGGAAGGUUAACGGGGAGUGGUACAACUUCAAUAGUCUUUACCCUGCCCCUGAGCAUCUGUCAAAGUUUUAUCUCUCAGCUUACAUAGACACCCUGAAGGGGUCAGGCUGGAGCAUCUUUGUGGUUAGGGGCAAUUUCCCUAAAGAAUGCCCCAUUGCAACUGAAGGCUCCAAUGGUUUCGGGCAGUGGCUGAUGCCUGACCAUGCCCAGAGUAUAACGGCCUCUUGUAACCAGGUGCAAACACCCACUCAGCAGGAACACAUUUCUCCGCUAGCUGGUCAAUCAGAAGGCAUGAGUGAGAUGGACGUGAUUGCUGCACAGCAGGAAGAAGCUGACCUUAAUGCUGCUAUAGCUGCUAGCCUGAUGGACAGCGGGGGUCCAUUUGCCGGCCACAGUGCAGCUCCAGAAGAGUGCAGGACUCAGGAUGCUCUUGCAAGUGAAACUAGCAAUGUGGAGGAGCAAGGAGCUAACAAACCUGAAGCAAGUGAGCCUGGCAGCGAUAGCAUUGAGGAGUCUGCUCCAGGCAGUUAUCCAAGGGAGAGGUCUCCCCCUUUAGAGAGAAAAUAAUGAUAAAAGAUGAUUAGGAUGACAUGUUCCAUUCGGGCUGGAACUGCGUUGAACUAUAGAGACGGAAAGAGAAAAUGGGGAUGAUGCGUUUGAACUGUCCUCCGUGAGGUGAGGGCAAUGCUGUUUCUGAACUUCUGAUUUCGGAGUGCGUACAGAGUCUGAACCUGCCUGGCUUUAAAAUUGUGACUUGUGUAACCAUUAUGUGCAAACUGCAUAGAGACUAGAAAUGGCGGUUCUGCUUCGUUUUGUUAUUCUUUUACAGAUCCAGCUUUUCUUUGAAUAUAUGAUGAUUACAUGAUGCGUCACAUUUU